AUGCAAACAUAUUUGUUUUUCAGAGCUUGGUGUAGCCGGUUUGCCCUGAGGUUUGAUCAGAUCCCUCUCGUCUCAUUUCAACAGGCCAGGACAGGAUGUUUCUUCCUAGUAAGUAUAAUUGUAGCAGAUCAAAUGACUAUGCUUUUUCAUUGAAAUGGUGACAAUCCUGUUUUUUGACCAAUAAGUGUUAAUAACGUUAAUAGCAAACCUUGUAAUUUCUUGCUUCUACUGCAACCAUGUAGAACAUGACAAGAUUUCAAAGUUUUUAAAGGUUUAUUAGGUGGGAAAUAGUUUACUAACCAUGAGUAUAGAUAAAUACAUUUCUUAUAACAAAAAAGAACACAAAAAAAUCAUUGAGCUUUAAUUGUGGUCUGUUGAUACCUGAACUAUAACAUCAAAUAUAUUAUAGUUAAAAAUGUUAACUCAUUUUUCAUCCAGUAAAAGUAUUUAUGUCAUCAAGACAGAUGUCCAAUUCUCAAAACAACAUGAUAGCAGAAUCAGUUUCAUAUUUACAACAGCACCACCUGUUGUGAAGACUGGGGCCAUCAACAUCAACAGCACUUUUGUACCAUUUUAGAGUCUUGGUCUUACAUGGACACUUGGGGGUGCUAAAGACUAAGGCAGAGAGGCUGAGGCGCAGGUGUUCUUAUAGCUGAUGUCACUGAGGCCAGGUGGAAAAAUACACCAAGGAGCUUUUGGAUAUACAAAUUCUCACCCAUUUAUUCCUCUUUUGGUAUAAAUAGUACAUAAAUUUAUUCAAUUUAAAUUAAGAAAUGCAUGUUUUUAUAUUAAAUUUCACAAAUGUAGCAUCAAUAGGAUUGAUUUUCUGAGUUUAUAAACCAUAAAGGCAGCUUAAACAUCACAACUUGCAUUAAUGUAAAUCUAUUUUUAUCUUUUAUAUGUUUAUAAUAGUUUUCUUUUAUCAUUUUUUAUCUCUCCAUCACACUUCACACAAUUCUUCUUUUGUGUGAUUUAUUCUUUUGUUUCUUACUCCACCAAUCACAAGGCUUUAACAGCAGCAUGCCGCUUCUCUCCUCUGUCUGAGCGCAGCUGCCAGCAGCACCUCCGCCUGAGGACAACGGCCCUCCACCCAUCGGAGCAGCAGUAACAGGAAGUGACAGCCAGUGGAGAGCAGAGAGGCACAGACAUCAGAUGGUGAAAG